AUGAUCAAGACAAUGCUGAUCUUAUUCAUGGACGUCGAAGGUCCAGCAUCGGAUCCCAAACGCCGCAAAGCAACCUCUGGCUCAAACGAACGAUAUUUAGAAGUCAAUAGAUGGGUUCAGGUGCCUGCUGCCGUGGCCGAGAGGAUGCCAGAACCAAAAUACCUUGCCGGUCGCCGACGCGGAAUGGAGAGUCUCUACAAGGGUGCAUACAAAGCCGCGAAUGGAUUUGGAAGUUUAGCAGACAUUGUUGCUCCUGCAAUGAGUAAUGGAACUACCGGAUACGAUCUGAGUGAUAUCAAUCCUGCUAGCGCUCUUGCUCGAGGCGAUAUUUCUGUCCUGCCUUUGGCCGCAACAGGAGAUCGCUGCCAUUGUGAAGGUAAUGCACUGCCGGGGGUCCCUGCAAUUGAAUACGCACAAGACUCUUGCCCAACCUCUGUACCAAGCUUAUAG